GCCUGAUGGAAUCGCGGCUGCUGAGGCAUGACACUUCUGUCGAACAUGCUGCAACAAGGAGCUUUCUGCCGCUGAAGAUCGAUAGAUCUGACGUAUCGGAUGGCAGCCCACUCUCUCCCUCCGGCACGCCCGACACCAGCACCAGCACAAACAGCAGCAACAGCACAGCUGAAGCAGACGAGCCGGAGGACGCAGCGGAUGGAGCUGGCGAGGAUGAGCCGAUGAUAUCUGCAGAUCCUCGGAGAGAGAGGGAGAUUGAGAUGUCUGGCAUGGUUGGGCGGGUGUUUCACGAGAGGAAGGUGGGUUGGCUGGAGGUGUGCAGUGAGCUGCUGCAGAUGGCUGUGAGGCGGCCGAGUGAGUGGAAGGAGAUGGGGCUGGGAGUGGGAAUGGGAGGAGGGGGCCGUGGGUGGGGCAUGAUGGUCAUGCGCGUCGUCACGCUGACGGUCCUCUAUGCAGCCUACAUGGUAGGGAACAAGCACGACCGCAAGUCAGUGUCCCCCCGAUGGCUGGCACUUGGUGCUUGUUGUGUGGUUCGAGCAGGGUUUGAUGUACGCCCGUGGCGUGUUGGAUGUGAGCAAUGCGGCCAUGAAGAAUGACUCACAAACAACAUGGGACUUCGAAACAGCCGGUACAGGCCGCGGCAGCAGCGCUCACACAACCGCACACCCCCCAGCCACCCACCCACCUGCCCACUCAUUGUGUCGCUCUUUCUCGAUCAGGUGAUGUGUUUGCGUGCGGCAACUACGCCUACUUGGUGGGCAAGCUGGUCUCGCCCCUCAUGGUGGACCUAGCUGGCGCCCAAAGCCUGCUCGUGUACACUCUCGCCCUCGGCAGCGCCACCACCUUCCUGUUCGGCCUCAACGGCUCGCCGUGGACGGCCGCCCUGCUGUGGGGCUUGUUUCGGUUUGGUCUGGCAUUCGGGUGGCCUGCCCUGGGCCGCAUCGUGUGUGCGUGGUGCCUGCCGACGCAGUAUGGGCAGGUGUUCGGUGUGCUGUCGACGGCAUCACGCACCGGUGAGUGGCUGGGAUAAGGGGGAUGGGAUGUCCGAAGGAGAGAGAGAUCAUGUGUCUGUUUGAUUGUGUGUCAGGUGCGGUGAUGGCGAGUUUAGUUGCGGGCCGGCUGCUGAUGUGGGGGGUGCCGUGGAGGUCCCUCUUCAUUGGGGCGGCGGCGCUCCUCCUCGCCCUCCUGGCCCUCACCAACGCCUUCCUGCGCGACAAACCCACAGGCACAAACACACACACACACACACACAGUUGUCACAGUUGUCCCAACACAGUCACCACACCUUUCGUCCACCCACCCUCUGUUCUGCAGAUUGGGGCCUGGAGGAGGUGCAUGCCAAGGGUCAGGAGCUGCUGCCUCUAAUGGUUGUCGAGGAAGAUGACACAGAGGAGAGCACCAUGGAAGCUGGAGGGGCUGUCGACAACAGCACAUCAACAGCAGCAACAGCAACAGCAGAGCGGUCGAUGCACCAGCGGAAAGGGACAGCGAGGGGAGAAGUCGACGGCGGGUUUUGGCUGUGGAAUGACGGCGGCGGCGGUGGUGCUGGUGGUGGAGACGGUGUGAAGGGCGGGCCGCGGCGCGCUGUGCGUCAUGGUGAAGAUGAGAGCCUCCUGACGGCCCUCGGCAAGUUCAGCCAAGGUGAGUGAGUCAGCUGGCUGGCUGGUUGGGGGAGGGAAAGGUGACCGAUUGCAUAUUAAUUAGUUCUGUGAGUGUGUGUGUUCAGAGGGUCAUUUUUGGUUGAUAAGUGUGAGCAUCAUGCUGAUCACGCCUUUGACAGAGAUGAACAGGUGCCUUGCCCUCACCAUUGUACUAUUGUGCGCGGUGCUGCAUUCUUUGUGCGUGUGUGCGUGUGUGUGUGUGUGUGUUCAGUUGGUGGCCGAGCUAUUUGUCUCAUGUGCUUAAGCUCUCGCCGGGCGAGGCGGCAUCCAUCGCAUCAGUUUUCCCCGCCGGAUUUAUCAUCUCUGUGCUACUCGGUCCGACACACACACACACUCACACACACACUCACAGGGCUCACAAUAUACUGUCCACACACACACGCCUUACAGGUGGAUGGCUGUACGACCGUCUGUCGUCCCGGGGCCGCUUCGUGUUCAUCUCCUCUCUCCUGCUGACCGGCACCUGUGUGGCGUUGGCUCUGCGGUUCGUGCACCCCACUGUGCUGCUGGAGCAGCUUGAGCUGGCCGUCGAGUCGCCCGACGCGUCCGUGUCGCGGGAUGGCGACGGGAUGGUCAUUGUGGACCCUGCCCACCCCCACUAUGCCAAGCUGGUGGCUCUGCGGCUGCCACUGCUUGUGCUGGUGUUCCUGCUGGGAUUCUGGUACGUCACUCAGUGAGUAGAGACACACGAGGGAUGCACUAGGUGAAUGUGUGUCUCUGUGUCUGUGGGCAGUUUUGGCCCGGCCUACUUCAUCCCCACGUCUGUUUACUGUGCGAGCUUCGGUGGAAAGCGGCACUGCAGCACACUGGCGGGGCUGCUUGACGCGUUCGGGUACCUGUCGACGACGGCCUUCAUGGUGGCUGUGGGUCACAUAGCCAAGGCCAACCGGUGGGUGCAGGUGCUGGACCUGCUGUGGACGUCGCUGGCGUGCUGCACGCUCACCUACUCGCUCUUCAUGUGCAGAAAUGUCCAGCUGAAAUACUGCUGAGCUGAGGGAGUGUGGCAUUCAUUCAUUUGUUUGUUUGUACUGUAAAUAUGGACGAUCGAGCUUAUGUGUCUCCUUAGUUACACACAUUGAAUUCUGUGUGCGGCCGAUCUUUGCACGUCCUCACUGACAUUUCUACAAAGACGAGAUCGAUGGUCCAUCCCUUCACUCAGAUUCAAGUCG